CAUUAAGUUUAUUUCAGGAAAGACUCUCAGCCCUGCUGCCGAAGAGCAGGUCGGAACUACAGUCGCACGUCAAAAUUUGUGACGGGGUAUUUUUACUGUGACACAAAACGUCAUUGAUUUGGAGCUGGUAAUAUCAUACCAACUAGCGGAGCUCGGUCAGUUGAAAUGGCAGGGGGCGAGACAGCAGGCGUCGACCUCAGCAGGAAGUUUGUGUCGGAAGCUGAGCUUGAUGAGAAGAGGAAGAAGAGACAGGAGGAAUGGGAGAAAGUCAGGAAACCUGAAGACCCAGAGCAGGCCCCAGAGGAGGAGUAUGACCCACGUUCUCUCUUUGAGCGAUUGCAGGAGCAGAAAGACAAGAAACAAGAGGAAUAUGAGGAGCAAUUUAAAUUCAGGAAUAUGGUAAGGGGAUUGGACGAGGACGAGACCAGCUUCCUGGACGAGGUCUCCCGGCAACAGUGCCUGGUGGAGAAGCAACGCAGAGAUGAGGAGAAGCAGGAACUACUGGAAUACAGAAGUGCUCUAGUGAAGCAAGCGUCCACCGAAAGCCGCAGAGAGCCCGAAAAGAAGGUGGCACCCAAACAUUCGGGGGCGGAGCAAAGGACCAGCCACCUGUCUCAGGCCCAUUUAUUGGCUGGAGCUGUGAAGAGGCGCAGCUCCUCCCAGUCGUCAGACAGCAGUAAGAAACAGAAGGUGGAUAUCACAACAACAGCAACGACAGGAAAUGGAGACACACACACAGAACAGGAGGAUGGAGCAGGAGGAGGAGCAGGGGGAGCUGAAGAUCAACAAACAGUCCCCAGCCUGACGGCGAAGACUCCCUCGGCUCCCCUGAGCUCCGGUCAAGGCGUGUUACACCUGCCGUCGGCAGCUGUGUGCGUUGGCGUUUUACCAGGACUCUGGGUUUAUUCCGGCAGCAGCGACUCUGACAGCAGCUCGGACAGCGAAGGUAGCGUGGACGCAAUCAUGUUGCCGUACCCACGGCACAGCAGGGCCUACAGAUAGACACACAACAGCAUCCACACACACACAUACUAACACACACACACACACGACUGAUGUAAGUUUGCAUGCCUUCACAAUGGCUAGCAAACAGUCAGAAAAGCUAACCUCACACAGGACAUGCACACACAGAGACAGAUUUAAAGGUCAAAAUACACGCACGCAAACACACACACACACACACACACACACACAGACGGCACGUACAGAAGUGUACCUGCAGGCCACACAAGUUCAUAUCAUGUUAGAGUCAUUCACUGGCAGCACACACUCCUAGCAAACAUUUCAGUAUUCCUGUUGUUUUCACAGCUGUGAGUUGAACUGUUGCUCUUUGUCAUCAGACAAAGUUCAGCCAAGUGAUAUAAUCCUAAUAAAAAGUAACACUAAAACCAAUAUAAACUCUACUCUGAACUAAAUCUGUUUAUUUAUUUGUGGUUUUGCUUUUGUGGCACUCAAACAUGAUACCUCCACCCUUCCUUCCCUCAAUCACAUCUC